AUGGCUCUUGACGAAGCUAAGGAGGUGAAAUGUUUUCCACUAUCGAAUAUGUGGUAUUAAACUGAGGCCAUAUCUGGUUAGAAUAAAUAGGAAAUGAUAACUAAAUGUAAAAGAAAAUAAUAAAUCGAGAUAAUCGUUUGCUUAAUGAUAUCAUUUAUUUCAUUGGUUUCUAAUUAUUUCCGUGGCAUUUUAGAAAUCUUACCUGAGGUAAAAGAUAGCUUUUAUUUGAAAAUUAGACAGUAGAGGAAAGAAUAUAUCUUCUUAGGACUGGUUUCAAAGGAAACGGAGGGAUAAGCUGCCCAAGAACAAACCCUUAGAACCAACGCUCUUAUUGACCAACAAGAUGUCUCACCGCUGUGUAUGAUGUGUAGGGGAGGGACAAAGGAGGAGACUGUCCGUCAGAUUUUCUGCGAGUGUUUUAAACUAGCUCAAAUUGAGCUGAGCAGCGACAUGACAGAGAAGUAAGAAUUAUACAUAGGGAAUUGUCUAAUCAAACGGUUUACCUACGCAAGCAAGUGGUGUGAACAUUUCCCGGAAAGGGUAGUCAAGUUAAAAACUGCUGAAAUAAAUAGGAAAUGAUAACUAAAUGUAAAAGAAAAUAAUAAAUCGAGAUAAUCGUUUGCUUAAUGAUAUCAUUUAUUUCAUUGGUUUCUAAUUAUUUCCGUGGCAUUUUAGAAAUCUUACCUAAGGUAAAAGAUAGCUUUUAUUUGAAAAUUAGACAGUAGAGGAAAGAAUAUAUCUUCUUAGGACUGGUUUCAAAGGAAACGGAGGGAUAAGCUGCCCAAGAACAAACCCUUAGAAACAACACUCUUAUUGACCAACAAGAUGUCUCACCGCCGUGUGUAGGGGAGGGACAAAGGAGGAGACUGUCCGUCAGAUUUUCUGCGAGUGUUUUAAACUAGCUCAAAUUGAGCUGAGCAGUGACAUGACAGAGAAGUGAGAAUUAUACAUAGGGAAUUGUCUAAUCAAACGGUUUACCUACGCAAGCAAAUGGUGUGAACAUUUCCCGGAAAGGGUAGUCAAGUUAAAAACUGCUGAUAAAUAAUCAACUGUGUUGCACCUUGGGAUGUUCGGAUCGAAGAGUGAGAGAAAAAAACUGUAUAGAUAUGCUGUAGAUAUGCACCUUGGGUAUCGAGUCAAAAAUAAUUACAAAAGUAUUUGAUAAAAUAACAUACGAGAUACUAAACAAGGAGCUCUGCUCAUGGAGAGGUACAACUGCACUGCUAAAAGAGGAGCAUCACCUUUGUCGACCUUUCAUGACCCUUGCUUGACUUUUUUUAUCUGGAAGUUGAUGAAAGCAAGGAAAAUAAAAUGUUCAUCAUGAACAUUCCCUCUUGAACGUGAGAAUACCCGACGAAAUUCAAACUGUUAUUCAAAAUAUUUAAAAUGCACUUAAGACAAAUUGGUCCACUGCAUGACCAUUAGUCUUUUCCUGUCAUUGUCACAUUCCAUUCACAUAACUAAUGAUCGAGCACCUAAAAUUUUCAUAAGACCAUGCUAUUUAAUUGCUUUUUUAUCCAGAAUAAUGGCAAGAGAAACAUUUACUAUCACAGAUUAAAGAGCCCAUAAUGAUUGUCGAAAUGGCAUAUAUUAUAGAUUUCAUACUUGAAAGAAGUACAUGUAGUGCUCAGUAGUGAUCAGUACCUUUCAGUAGCGCCUGAAAUUGUUUCCUUUAGAAAGCCACAUGCAAGUGAAUGAACUGAAAAGUACAGCGACAAUGAUAACCACUGUUUGUCACGAUCGGUUUGCUACAGUGAAAGAAAUAAAAAACCCUUAUUAACUGGAUUAAAUUUUUCAUAACUCCGGUAUGACCUAAAGCGAAAGCGGUUAUGCUUGAAGUAUGGUGGGAUUGAGAAGGGUUUUUCAAUUGCAACAAUUAAAUUGUCUCAAGUUAGACAGACUAAUUAGCGACAACAGUUAUUAGUUUGUAAAAUAAUAACUGUCCACUUCAAACUUGCCGAUUGAGGUAUUUAAGCUUUAGCUUCGUUGCUCAUACACUUGAGGUUGUUUGCCUACUAACACUAAGUUUGUUGUCUUGUGGUCGCGCGCCUUCCAAGGUUUGAGUGAAGUCCUGCGGCUAUGUAAUAUCGUUUGUUUACAAUUUCCUGCUACUGCUUCAAGGAAUAUCUUAUUAACACGAGCGGCUUCUCGCCUCUUCUAAUCAUUUCUAAUUAGGAGAUGAUAUUAAUUAAGAGGUUAAUUACAUAUCAAUAGAGUUUGACAGGUCGGUGAAAGUUUCGACAAAACACGCUAAACCGUCGUGAUGAUACCGGCGUAAUAACAUCUAUAGUCCCGUCGAAAACACGCAAGCUAGUCCCUUCAACAUUUUUUCUAUAUUUCUUUUUUUCAAAGGAAUGUUUUCUGCACUUUUGUAAAAUUCUAACCGUAUUUAUUCCAAACAAAUUUCUGUUGGUCCGUGUUGGUUUAAUUUCCUGCAAAUGACAGUUUCUUCUGGAAGCUAACGAAGUCGGUUCGAGCUGCUCGAUAAAGAGCGUUAAUUGCAUUAAUCUCUUUUAAGCCACCCUUGUUUUAAUUUCCUUCUUUGCUAAAGAAAACUGCUUCAGGAGUUAUAUCGAAAUUGCAAAUUUCAAAGUUCGUCUUUAGUUGGAAGAUUAACCCUCUCUUCUUGUGAGGUUCUCGUGUGGAUAGUUAGUAAUAAAAUAAUAACUUUAAAUGAGUUCUUUUUUUCUGAACCGCCGAGGAACAAAUUGAGGACAUUGAGUUUGUUUGUUUCCACUUAAAACUUGCGAUUGAAAUGUUUUGAUCGUUUAAUUUGCACACGGAUCUGCGGCAAAAAUGCUUUUAUGCUCCGUUUUCUUUCGUCGUUUCGUUACCUCAUAUCAUUGGCUUUCGUUCACUGUAAAACAUUUUUGAGUAGUUUUAUGAACGGCAAAAACAGGCUGAUGCCGCAACUAGAUAAGCUAGAGCAAUUUACGGUAACACGCUUAAAUCUGAAAUGAUAACUCAACCAGUUAUUCAUAUGUACUCUAAGAAAACCUGAUAACUUUGAAAAUAUUUGUUGAUAGGGAUGACAGACAAAGAAAGGCAGUGUUAAUUAAAAUGAUUUUUUUCCAUGACACUCGCAAGAUGGCGGCAAUUACGACCAAUUACUUUUCAUCAAAAAUGUGUAAAUUUCAUUAUAUCGAAUUUUCCUUACUCCUUUUUCUUGUUUGCUUUGCUUUGCAUCAAAUAACGAUAAAUCUAACAUGGCAACUUAGUCUAGCUAGGCCGAAAAGUUUUGAAAUCUGUACUAUUAACUGCGAGGGAAAGUUUAUAAGUUCGUUGUACACAAAAGUCUUUGCCUCCAGCACUGUUGUUGUAAAUUGUGACCUUCGUAUCUCAUAAAAAGAGUUUAAUGUUGAUAUAAUUAGGUCUUUAUUGGAGUUCUAUAGGAUUGUUAUGUUAAUCUAGAUAGGGAUUAAUGUUAAUAAAUUCUAAUUAUAUUUUGCUUGAAUCAAUGUUUUGCCAAUAACUGUGUUCGGCGAUAAAUGCUUUGAUUGGUUGUGAAAAGCCAAUUUUCAGCCAAAAGAAAACCGCCAAGUAAGGAUCUCUUUGCUAAUAAUAGCAAUUUAAUUUAGCCAGUCGGUCACUGUGAGGCUUGAAAAAUCACCCUGCGGGUUUACCACCUCAUGUAAAACUAACUCUAUCAUUAUGACCGGACACUCAAAGCGCGUUCGUUAAACGAAGGCACAAACCCAAACUGGUAACAAGGACCGUAACUGGAUGGAGACGAGACACAACGAUCAGAGCUUUCACCCAAAGCCGGAAAGAACCGGACGAUCCAAUUCAUAUACUAUCAAUGACAUUCUUGGACUGGUUACUGAAACCGAGUCGAUAAAUAGUCAAAGCUGCGAUCAAAAUACGGAUCAAGAAGCUGUAGAAGGUAAUUUGUUGAAAACUGUCAGACUGUUUUGGAGGGAAGCUUAUAGUUUGUAUGGCGUCACUUUGUUCACUUUAAAAGCAGACAAGUUUUGAAAAGGACUUCAAAGUUCUUCUUACUGAAAGCUAGCGGUUGCGGUAUAUAGUUUGGCCAGAAAUACGAGAUGUUUCCGUUCUAUAUGCAGCAUAGCUUCUUUUCGUUUUCUAUCGAUUCUCUGUACCAUAUCAUAAACAAACGCAAACUAAACCGCCUCACACAAAAUACCCGCCUUAACAGAAGUUAGUCCACCCUGGAAUUUUCUGUUGGAGAAAAUUCGCCGGAAAUUUUCUAAUUCUUCCUUCCAGUUCAGAAAAAAUGAACAUGAACUGAAGUUCAGGUAACAUGGAGAAUCAAAUUUCGUUGUCUCUCAACUUAAUACCACGUGAAUCUCAAAUAUCCGACAGCUAAGAGUUUUCAAGAUUUAUCAGCAAUUUAGUCUGCAAGCCGAAUUGCCUACUAUUGACUUCAGAUAUGAUUUCCUGAAAAGUUACUAGUCCAGUAUGCUUCUAAAGGAAAAGAAGAACAUUUACCUCAGCUGGUCAAGAUCCCUUUUCCUUUGUGGUAAAAUUGUAGCGAAAUUAUGUAAGGUUAGGUAUGGUAGAGAUAGAAGUCAAAAGAAGGCUGUAGCCAAACAGCAAUAGCCAAUGCAAUUAUUGUUCACACAAUUUUGUGAACUGGUGGAUUUUACAGAUAACGGCACUGUACAACUCUAUCCUCAGUACUCUGUAUCCAGCUAGCCAUUAUAGUUAUUUAUUAAAAAACAUGCGGAUACCUUUUUUUCUUUUUUUUAUUCUUAAUAUUGCAGUAAAGAAGUGAAAGUGAAUUGACCCAUCUAAAAAAACCCAGAACUUUCCUGAUCUCAUGCACGGCGCAGAAAACUGCUUGCUGUAAACUUUAUUAAGGCUAGUCACCACUUAAGUAAGCAGCUGUUACCAUCUGGCCUCUAAUAACUGCUAAUAUUCAAUUCAAUUUACAUCAAUUUGUAUGAAAGAAUAGUUAUUACUUUUGGCUGCUAUACAAAAGUGGUCUAUUUGAAUAAAACCUUACCGAGGUUAUUUUUCAAGUGCUCGGCUUGCCAAAUCGUAAUCUAAAAAUCCUGCAGUUAAGGAAAUUCAUUCCCCGCUUGCUGUGCUGUUUUCGUCGUGCAACAAAACAAAGCGAAUGUAUAAAAUUGCUGCUUUUCAUUUUUUUUCUCAUAGUAUUAAAGCAAAAUUACCACGCAAACGAAAUCGCGUUGACAAUAUGGCAAAGAAGAGUAGUAAAAUAUACUAAAUUGAAGUGAUAUCUGUUUACCCCUAAGCUGAUGUGUUUUCAUUGGGUUAAAAGCCAAUUAUGAAAUACAUCUCUUAAAAGUUUAUGAGUUUUCCCGUCACGCCAAGAGAAAGCACAAAACUCCUUCCUCCAUCUGUUUUUGAACAGUUCAAAGCCAGAGCAUCGCUAAGCCAAAUCGUGUUGAGUUGCCGGAAUCAAGAUUACGGGUGGCCCGAAAUGAAUUUUAACACCGGUUAGUUUUUCAGACGUUAGUUUAUAUAAGUUGUUAACUAGGUGGUUUGGUAAUAACUAGUCAGUUUAAAAACAAUUCCUUUUGCACAGCUUACCAGACCACUGAUUUGACUACGCUUUAGGACUUUUUAAGUCAGUACACGAGAAAAUGGGUAAAACAUGGUAAAUUUAUAAUUACUUCAUGCUAUGUUUUACUUUUGGCUCAGAAAACGUAAAUUCUGCAUGUUAUAUGUACAAAAAUUAUUUUGAACGCUAAAUCUUUACUUGUAACAGCUGUAAAUACGUUUUUUCCUCUUUUUCUUGAUAUAUUGUAGAACGUAUUUCUGUCUGUUUCAGAGAAAAACGGCGUUGAGGUGGCAGCUGGUGAGCAAACAUCCCAGGCUGAAGUGUUGAAAGACGAGGAAGCGAAUUUAUCCCCUGAAGAUGGCUUAAAUGCAGCGAAAAAGAAGAAAACCCGCUAUCGUACAACGUUCAGUCAAUACCAACUUGAAGAACUAGAAAGAGCAUUUGAUAAAGCCCCAUAUCCUGAUGUAUUUGCACGAGAAGAGUUAGCGGCAAAGCUCGGUUUGACUGAAGCGCGAAUUCAGGUAUGCGCCGCUUCAUAACCUGAUUCGAAGGCCUUUAGUUACCAGACCUGGUUGAACACUGGCGUAAGGCGUAAAAUUCCUAUAAAGUGCUCUGUUUAGCUAAAAAUUUAAUGCCGCAUUCAGCACUGCUGAGUAACAGUUUGAUGUCUGCGACAUGCACUUGCAAGUGGCGUGUUUUUUGCAACUCUCUCGCAACUUUAAUCUAAUUCUAAUGAAGCCUAUAAAACAAGCUCAAUUGUUGUCCUUCAUUAUUUAAGGUAGUUUUCUUAAUGAUGGAAUCCGAAAUCUCUGAAGAAUUAUGAUAUCUGAGGUAAAAGAAAGAUAGACUGAUCAACUAAUCAAUCGUCUGACCUCAUGUAGUUAUAAAAAAAUUGGUGCGUGUCUAAAAGCAGUUUAUUUGACAAUUAAAGAUCCAUAAAUCCACGAAAUAAAUUGCGUUUGUAAUAAAGGCAUCUCAUUGUGAUUUGUCGGACUUCAAUUGAAAUUCAGACAUUUAAUUUAACGUUGGAAUCUGAGAAACGGCAGUGAUGCCUCUCAGACAAUGGCCGAAAGAAAUUAACGAACGCUAGGAAGAAUUUUUUAUCAUUUAUACUUGAAAAAAGGCACAUUUACAAUUUUGUAUUUACUAAAUGCACGAAGAAACCCCAUUGCAUCUUUUAAAAUUUGGAUGUUACACUGUAAACAGAUAAUUUCUAAUCUACAAAGGAUGAACUAAUCGUUUGUUUCGUUUGACAGGUUUGGUUUCAGAACAGACGCGCGAAGUGGCGAAAGAGAGAAAAGCUGUGUACGUUUGGUGCAGUUCCGCCGGGACAUGGUCUUGUCUUUCCUUGGCUACACCAGACUAACACACCUUACCCGAUGCAGCCGUUCACUGCUGGUAUAGUGAAUAACAUUUCCAGGGAUAUUUGCUCGCAGUUUUACCCGGCGUCGCCACAAUCCAUUUCAUGCUUUCGCUCCACAGUUCCUAGCAUUGUUCGUCCUCCGUGUUCCGAAUCUCGGGAAUGUGCUUGUUCCUGUGGCAUGUCAGCAGGCGGCCCAUGCUUUUUAGCACCUCCCUAUCGCAUUGACGAGGUGACGCGUGGAAUAGAGGGCGUACCAGACCUUAACGGCGGAAUAGUGAGGGAUGGCAGCAGAGAAUCAAGCAUCGCUUCCCUUCGUCUUCGCGCCAAAGAACACCAAAUGAGCCUUGUACAAAUUCUUAGCAGGAAAUAA